UUUAAAAUGUCCAUAUUUAUUCUGCCAGAAAAACAACCGGGUGCCUGGUUUUAAUUGUGACGAAUUUACAGAUUCUUUGAAGAAUAUAAAACAAACUGAGAGGUUAGUAACAAAACUGAGGAAGGACCCUCAUAAGCCUUGAAUCCCUACAGCAAUGCCGUGUUUCUUUUUCAGUGUUUGGAAAUGCUGCUGUUAUUGCUAUGUUUGUUUGCUUCAUUGUCUUCCCCUGUUGCUCUCUCGCCCAUGAAAGUUGCAGGAACCCUCAACCCCACAAUGGCAUCUAUCCAGCUGCCACUGCUGCUCCUCUGCCUGACCUUGUGUGGUGUGUGCCUCAAGGAGAGGCCGCCCUUUCCAGAGGGAAGUGAGAACAUGGGAAGAAGUCCCCUGGAUGACAUCCUGCAGAGAUCUGACAGCCUCAUUCUCCAGUCUGUCUUCAAGAAAGCUGAAAAGGAAGGAGAGAUUAAUAAAGAAUCAAAUGCGCCUCUGCCAGAAUGGCUUUCCAAAAGACAACACUUUGGGAAAAAGUACUUGAGUGAGCUGGAGAAGAGACAGCAUCCUGGGAAAAGAGAUGUUGAGGAAGACACAUCUUAUGGAGACAUCCAGAAGAGGCAGCAUCCAGGGAAAAGAGAGACAGAAGAUGACCUUGACAGCUCUCUGGAGCUAAAAAAGCGACAGCAUCCUGGCAGAAGGUCACUGUUGGCACAGGAUGCUGACAACCCUAGUUCACAGCUGACCUACUUGAAUGAGUUAUCCAAAAGACAGCAUCCGGGCAGAAGGUAUCUGAUCUACAAGCACCAGCAUCCUAGCAAGAGAGGCUGGAAUGAUGAGGUAGACUUAAAUGAUCGAUAUGGUGAGAAACACCAGCACCCUGGAAAAAAGCACUGGAAUUUUGACAGCUCAGAUGAUGCAGGCCCCUGCAACUUUCAGGAGUCCUUCAACUGUAACAAAGGCAGCUUGUUGCUUGAUCUAGUAGAAAAUGCUGGCAAAGAAAAACGUCAGCACCCAGGAAAGAGAUCAGCAUGGGAGAGUGAAACAGAAGAAUGAGAAAAUCAUUGUGUAUCCUUUGCAUUGGUGAAGUAAGCUGCCAGAUCACUAAAAAGUUCUGUUCACUCCCUUUCUGCUUCCUGCUGCUGACCUCUGCACCCAUCUUUCAGUGCAUUAAUGGCUUUGUCACACACUUAAAGGGACUGAGGGGGACAGUUGCAUGGGUCAGGCAAGUACUGAGAAUCUCCAACUCACCGGAUCCAAAGAUGAAAGUGCUUAUUUCCUUAUGGGCCCAGACCCCAGAAAAAUACCACUAUGUGUGUCCAAUUUCCUAUUUCCAAAUUACUAAAACAGGCUAUUAAAUAUCUGUUCUGAUGCUGCUAAAAUGGAAUAAUUAUAUGGUUUCUUCUCACAUCAGUGAAAUCAGUAAAUUAAUGGAGAGGGAGAAAAAAAGAACAUCCAUGAGUUGUUUCAAAAUUAAAUUGGAUAGGUUUUCAAUUGAAAAUGAUACAUUAAUGAGACCUGAACCCUUGUGUGCUACAAUCUGUCUAGACAGUAAGCACAGAGAUAGGAACUGCUCCAACUUGAACAGAAUAGAUGACUGAGUUUAUAGUUUGACUUGGAACUGGCACAUGAAGCCUGUUUUCACCUAAGAGGCUGCACAGUGUAAAGUGUUAAUGUAUCCCAGAGCAUCUCAGUUGCAAGUUGUGAACCUGACUGUGUACACCCUAUAGCAGAACUCCCUCCCUGGUGUGUCCACACUUGAGUCAUGCCACCUAAAAUCAUGCCUUCUCCUCAGACAUUUAAAAAUUAAACAAGCAGACAUCCUUUUCUUCAAAGAAGGAUUUCUGAUGUCUCUCCUCUCAAAUGAAUGCUUUUACUUUUGUGGUGAGAUUCCCAAAAGUGUUUGAAAUGAAUCAUUCAAUAAACAUCAAUAAUCAA